AUGAUCGCCCAGGCAAUCUUGGCGGGUGCCCUCUUCAUCCCUCUGACCACCGCGCAGUUGGCGAGGGCCGCUGUUCAAACAACCGACUUCAAUUCUUCAUUUAGUUUCUCUCCCGCCCAAAUACAGGACGCGCAGCUCGACAGCGCCCUUGUAGAGACUCUCCAAAACAUCAUCAACUAUGACAGAUCUCAAUUGGCGUUUGGCGGUCCCUCCGAGGACGACUUCUACAGAGUCCCGCCUUUUGGCAGCACAAAAAACCUCAAGCCCGGCCAGCUCCUCAAGGUCCAGGCCUUCACCGACCCAACAGCCUACGCGAUCCCGCCUUCCACCGCUCUCUCGCGCUUUUUGUACACGACGACGACGCUCAAUGGCACCCUAAUUCCCGCGUCCGCCUUCAUCCUCUGGCCGUACACACCGCACCAGUUCCCAAGCAGCUCCGGGCCGCGCAAGCGCAACCCCUCGGGCUCCGCCAAGGGCAAGGUGCCAGCGGUGCUCUGGACGCACGGCACGUCGGGCUUCUCGAGCUUCUGGGCCCCGUCGGCGCACCGCGCGCUGUGGUACGAGCACGCGGCGCCGUUCGCGCUCGCCGAGGCCGGCUACGCCGUCGUGGCGCCCGACUACGCCGGGCUCGGCGUCGCCACGUCGUGGGACGGCAGCCACAUCCCCCACCAGUACUCGGCCGCGCCCGCCGCCGCCCACGACGCCCUGUACAGCAUGCGCGCCGCGCUCGCCGCGUUCCCCGCCAACCUCGGCAGCGAUUUUGUGGUCCUUGGCCACAGCCAGGGCGGCGCGACUGCGUGGGCCGUCGCCGAGACCCUGGCGAGGGAGAAGGUGGCGUUCGCAGACUUGUUGUCUGGCUACCGCGGCACCGUGGCCGCCAGUCCGCCGACCGACGUGUUCCGCGCGCCUGCCUUCUUCAUCUUACCGACCGUCGGCCAGGCCCUGCACAGCAUCUUCCCAGCUUUCCGGCUUUCGGACUGGUUGACACCGCUGGGCGAGGCGCGCGCGCGGCUGGCGCUGCAGGUCGAGGGCGGCAUCACGGCGGUGCAGCAGCUGUACUUUGGGCGCAACGACACGUACUGGCCUGGCUGGGACACGGCGUCGUGGUAUGCGGCUGCCUUCGCCAGGCUGUCGGCCGUCGGGCGCCGCGAUUUCGCCGGCCCGCUGCUCGUCGUGCAAGGGACGGCCGACCUCUACAUACCCUUCGACGCCACCAACAAGACGGUCGCCGACACGCAGAAGCUGCUCCCGAAGAGCGACCUCGAGUUUUUGGUUGCUGCGGGUGUCGGCCACGUCCCCGUGCUGCACGCCACGCGCCAGUUCUGGCUGCGCUGGAUCGAGGCCCGCCUUGCUGGCGAGCCUCUCGCGCAGAAGGGGCCGUUCAGGACGGAUUUGCAAAGCGUCAUGCCCAUCAAGCAGCAUCUGCUCGUUGGAAAUUCGUUCCCGCUGUGGGGGGGGUUGCCGGAAUAUCAGUAUGAGCUACCUUUGGGACUUUAG